UUACCUGUUCCUUUGUCAGGCUGGCAUACUGAAGUGACUCGGGUAUAUUUACCAACCAGGAAGUAAACGUAACAUAACAUGGUCUGACCUCACAACACAGGUAGAGGAAAGAUAUCAUCCACGAGCCCAGAUACAAAGAACACUGCUGUCAAUGGCGUCCCUUUGGGUUAUAGCAACAUCUGUGUUUGCAGUUGUCCUGUUGAAAGGUGUUGGGGCAGCAGUGACUGUAUCAGGGUCAGGAGGUACAGGGAUACACAACCAGCAGACUCUGACACUGAGAUGCAGCUACACUGUGACACCUGGUGAUGUUGUUACUGAGUACACAUGGAGGAGGGUGGAGCGCAGCUCUACAGUGAACAUAGUCAGUGGAUCAGUGACUGCUCAGACAGCUCGAUUCUUUGACUCCUGGGAGAACAAGGGCGUGUUUGUUGGCGACUACACCUCCUCCCUCGACAUCCAACUACCUGCCAGUCACGUGACCUCCAGCUAUGCCGGGACAUACAGGUGUGAAGUGACUUCACUGUCAGGGUCUGAUUAUGCUGAUGUCACUGUCUCUGUGUUGAGUGUUGAGGGAGCAGUGACUGUAUCAGGGUCAGGAGGUACAGGGAUACCCAACCAGCAGGCCCUGGCACUGGGAUGCAGCUAUACUGUGACAUCUGGGGAUGUUGUUACUGAGUUCACAUGGAGGAGGGUGGAGGGCAGCUCUACAGUGAACAUAGCCAGUGGAUCAGUGACUGCUCAGACAGCUGGAUUCUUUGACUCCUGGAAGGACAAGGGCGUGUUUGUUGGUGACUACACCUCCUCCCUCGACAUCCAGCUGCCUGCCAGUCACGUGACCUCCAGCUAUGCCGGGACCUACAGGUGUGAAGUGACUUCACUGUCAGGUUCUGGUUAUGCUGAUGUCACUGCCUCUGUGUUGAACCCCCCUUCUAUAUCUGGACUACCAUCAACACAGACUGUCACAGAGUUCUCUAACCUCAGGAUAGACUGUAGCACCUACACCACACCUGGCAACCCUCCAACAACAAGCUACACAUGGACCUAUGGUGGUUCUACUGUCAGUACUGGGGCUGUACUUGACAGAAGGAACAUCAGUAGGAGUCAGGGAGGAGACUACACCUGUACUGCCAGCAACACUCGGGGAUCAGAUUCAGACUCAGUCAAUGUGGACGUGCAGUAUCCACCGUCUAUAUCUGGACUACCAUCAACACAGACCGUCACAGAGUUCUCUAACCUCAGGAUAGACUGUAGCACCUACACCACACCAGGCAACCCUCCUACAACAAGCUACACAUGGACCUAUGGUGGUUCUACUGUACUUGACAGAAGGAACAUCAGCAGGAGUCAGGGUGGAGACUACAUCUGUACUGCCAGCAACAAGCAGGGAUCAGAUUCAGACUCAGUCAAUGUGGAUGUGCAAUACCCUCCAUCUAUAUCUGGACUAGCACCAGCGCAGACCGUCACAGAGUUCUCUAACCUCAGGAUAGACUGUAGCACAUACACCACACCAGGCAACCCUUCAACAACAAGCUACACAUGGACCUAUGGUGGUUCUACUGUCAGUACCGGGUCUGUACUUGACAGAAGGAACAUCAGCAGGAGUCAGGGAGGAGACUACAUCUGUACUGCCAGCAACAGUCAGGGAUCAGACUCAGACUCAGUCAGUGUGGAUGUGCAAUAUCCCCCUUCUAUAUCUGGACUACCACCAACAGAGACCGUCAUGGAGUUCUUCAACUUCGUGAUAGACUGUAGCACCUACACCACACCUGGCAACCCUCCAACUACAAGCUACACAUGGACCUAUGGUGGUUCUACUGUCAGUACUGGGGCUGUACUUGACAGAAGGAAUAUCAGCAGGAGUCAGGGAGGAGACUACACCUGUACUUCCAGCAACAGUCAGGGAUCAGACUCAGCCUCGGUUAAUGUAGAUGUACGAUACGGCCCCUACCUGAUCUCCCUGACCCCCUCCACCUCCUCCUACACUUUGACCGAACACCAGGCUCUUCCAUCAAUCACGUGCUCCGCCCUCUGUAGACCCGGAUGUAACUACAGGUGGAUACACAAUGGAACAUACUUCAGCAGUGGAGCCGUGCUCCAGGGACAAGCUGACAGAUCCAAGACAGGCUCCCACAGAUGUCAGCCUUACAAUACACACGGGAGUAGUGACAGCGUUACAGUCAGUGUUGAUGUUCAGUAUCCUCCAUCUAUAUCUGGACUACCAUCAACACAGACCGUCACAGAGUUCUCUAACCUCAGGAUAGACUGUAGCACCUACACCACAGCAGGCAACCCUCCAACAACAAGCUACACAUGGACCUAUGGUGGUUCUACUGUCAGUACUGGGGCUGUACUUGACAGAAGGAACAUCAGCAGGAGUCAGGGAGGAGACUACAUCUGUACUGCCAGCAACAGUCAGGGAUCAGAUUCAGACGCAGUCAAUGUGGAUGUGCAGUACGGUCCCUACCAGAUCUCCCUGACCCCCUCCACCUCCUCCUACACUGUGACAGAACAUCAGGCUCUUCCAUCAAUCACGUGCUCCGCCCUCUGUAGACCCGGAUGUAGCUACAGGUGGUUACACAAUGGAACAACCUUCAGCAGUGGAGCGGUGCUCCAGGGACAAGCUGACAGAUCCAAGACAGGCUCCUACAGAUGUCAGCCUUAUAAUACACACGGGAGUAGUGACAGUGUUACAGUCAGUGUUAAUGUUCAGUAUCCUGCCAGUAUAAGUAUAUUCACGGCCAACUCACUCAGUGGCUCAGUGACAGUUAACGAGUCUGACCCAGCUACCUUGAGCUGCCAGGUGUACAGUAAUCCAAGGCCAGUCAUCAGGUUACUGAAUGGAACAGAGGAGUUGACAAAGGAAAAUAACUCCCUGACAUCAACAUAUAGACUGGAGUCAGUGGACUGUAGACAAAGAGGGAACUACUCCUGUACUGCCACCAACAACAUCGGGGCACCUGUCACCAAGAGGGUGGAGCUGCUGGUCAAAUGUCCACCUCGACUUGACGACCCAGUGUCCCAGCAGCUCAAGUACGCCACUACACUGGGUGGUGACGUGACUGUGUCUGUGUCAGUCCUGGGCUACCCCCUUCCUACAUUCAUCUGGAGUAGAUCCAUCAGCACCAGCCAGGACCUCACUGGUUCCUCCAGCCCUGUCUCAGAUAUCUCAGUCACUGCCAGACUACACCUUACUAACCUCCAGCAGCAGGACUUUGGGGACUACAGUCUGACAGUGGACAGUGGGGUUGGAGGGAUAGUGACAUACACACUCGACAUUUUGUCUGAAGGACCACCAAGCACCCCAACAAACAUCAGUGUCUCCCCAGAAGGUCCCUUCUCUCUACAUGUUUCCUGGAAGGAGGAGUUCAAUGGCGGAGCUACUCAGACAUUCACUGUAGAGUACAGCACAGACGAGAAGGACUGGAAGACAGCAGGAAGUCAUACGGAGACAGGAAGUGGGAAUUACUUAACAUCAGUCAUCAAUGAUCUCAACUCUGACACACUGUACUAUGUGAGGGUUGUCGCCAGGAACAAGUUUGGAAGCAGCAGCUACACUGAACAUGUGACUGGACUCACGGAGAAGGAAGUUAUACCUCCUGCACCCUCUUUACCAGCUGGAUUAAUAGCAGGAGUGACAGUCGGUGUGGUAUUGGUCGUCGGCAUUGUGGUCGUCGUUGUCGUCAUGACCAGGAAAGGAUACAGAUGCAUAUUGCAGAAACCAGGCUCAACAGACACACAGAAUGCGUCACGGAUCCCCGAAAAUAGAGGAGACCAAGUGCAUUUUCAAGAUGUUAACCCGUACUCUGGCCUGCAAGAUAGAGCGGAUGACAAACAGACGUACACAGAACUGAAGAAUUAUGAAAAUACAGGAUUCCGUCCUUCUACAGACACUGUCAACACCUAUGAAGAUAUCAACCAGACAUCAAGACAUGCUUAUGAACACGACAAGCCUGCCCUGUAUGUGAAUGCUGAUAUCAAAGGCAAAGAUUCGCCCUAUGUGAACACCUGAAACCACAGACUGAAACAUCAAUAUCUCUGACAUCAUAAUCGAUGACUCAUUCCUCCGUUAAUCAUACCGUCACUAGAAUAUUGACAAGGAUCGUUGUCCACAUACGUUUAGUGGCUGUGGAUUACAUAUAUAUUUUGGUCUCUGUCUCUGUUGUGUUGGUGAAGGUUACAUAAUAACUCAGUUUGUGUCUGAACCACUGCAACCUUUACCAACAACAGGAACGUGCUGGUUGCUGAAACCUGAGCUGCCCAGAAACGUUGU